UUCUUGCAUGCGGCCGGCGCGCGGAGAUUAUUUUUGUUUUUGUGUGGAAUUAGCUAAACCGGUUUAGUUCUUGAUAAUCGUUCUAAUUUUAAUUGCUUAAAGUACAGAAUCCAUUCGAUAAGCGCGAUAAGUUUCGGGAAACGAUGGAGAAAAUCUUGUUGCGUUCGAAAUUUCGCGGCAGCCUUUUGGGCACUCUGAUCGGCGAUUGUUGUGGGGCGCCUUUCGAAGGUCAAGUGAUGGACAGUGGGUCAAAGUUGGUUCUGCGGCAAAAUUUGGACAAAUUGGAAGGUCCAUUUUUCAAAGCGCCUUACAAAAAGUACACCGACGACACUGCCCUAACAAAAUGUGUUCUAAGCAGCCUUCUGAACCCGAGUGGAUUUUCGCAAAAGCUGCUGGCGAAAAAUUUCGUUUUAGAAUACUUCAAAGAUCCGCGGCGUGGCUACGGUGCUGCAGUGGGUGAUGUGUUUGAAAAGCUGCGUAAAACAAAAGUCGCCGAUCCGGUGGGACCGGCAGCCGCUCAAUUCGGUGGGAGCGGUUCGUUUGGCAAUGGGGCCGCGAUGCGAGUGGCCCCGAUUGCCCUGUACUGUGUGAAUCGUGGAAAUUCCGAACUGUUGCAAAUGGUGCGCGACGCUUCCUUGGUGACCCAUAGUCAUACGCUCGGUGUGAAUGGUGCGGUGCUUCAGGCCUUGGCCAUUACACAAUCGCUCAAGUUGAAUCCGGAAGAGCAGUUGAAUGCGAAACAGUUUCUUGCCCAACUCAAAACGGACAUCACGGAAGUGGAAAAAGAAAAUGAUCCCGACUUGGAUGCAAACCAUAAUGCCUACCAAAAGCAGCUGGAGGCGGUUGAACAGUUGUUGGAUGGAAAGGUUGAGUCGAGUGAUGAAAAUGUGUUGAACUUGUUGGGUCAUAGCGUGGCAGCUCUGCACUCAGUCCCGACUGCAAUCUUUUGCUUCCUCAAGUGCACCGAUGGGACAGCAAGUCAUCGUUCGUUCCGGGACACUCUCGAGUAUGCCAUUUCGCUGGGAGGAGACGCCGAUACGAUCGCCAGCAUGGCAUGUGCAAUCAGUGGUGCAUUUUUGGGCGCGGAAGCCAUCUCGGAAACCCUGGUCAAACAUUGCGAAGAUGCCGACAACAUAGUGAGUCUGGCCGAUCAGUUGCUCGAAACCGUCGAAAACCGUGCCUAGGAUAGUGAAAAAAAUAAUACGUCGAAAUAGGAUUAUAACGGAUGUUGUAGACUACUA